AAUAACGCAGGAGGCGAAGCAGGGAAGAGGAGACCGUUGGAGACGUUUUACGUGAAGACGUUUAAAUCGCGGUUCGCGAGACUGUUUGGGGCCGGACGGGAGCCUCCAAACCUGCUUCGGAGCACGAUUUGGGGUUGUUGUUGUGCGGAAAGCGGUGAAGGGGGAGCAGGAGUAGGAGGAUACGGCGGAGGAGAGAGAGAGAGAGUGAGGGAGAGAGAGUGAGGGAGAAGAUGCUGAGGGAGGGAGGGGGAGCGGAGGGCUCCGAAGACGGUUGUUUCGCCUGAAAACAGAGCCGUUAUCCCGGGUUUGAAUAGCGCUAUGAGCCGAGGCGAGGCGACCGAGCACUUAAGGUUCACCAACGGAACUUUGUGGGGUCGUUAAAGUGGCCGAGGAUGGCUUAGUUCGUCUGAAAAACGGGCUAACAGGCAGGGGAGCCUCACCUGCGAUAAACAGGCCUCGGAAGCUUCUUUUCAGACCCGUAACGGCUUCGGCUGCGUUGCGCUUCGCUUCGCCAGUGACUCUCGUUUAACCGUCACCGAGCGGUUAACGGUCAGGGCAGCUGCUGGCUCCUCUGGAGGGGAGAAAAGGCUCUGAAAGCUGAUGGAUAAAUCUCGAAACAGCGAUAGCUUUUGCGUGGCCGGUAGCUUAGCAUCCUGUCAGCCCUGUCAGCCUUGCCCAAAGCUAACAUAGACCAUGAAACGGGAGAUUUUCCAGCUGACUUGGUCUCCAGAAAUCAGGAACGGUAUCUAAAGCACAGACAUGGCGGGGUCCGUCAGAAGAAGCCUUGAGACGCAGGCCAGGCCGCUCGGACAUGCCUGAGGAGAACGGUUCCAGUAUGUUUUAACCUAUAGCGGGAUGUUCUGAGAGAAAAGUUCUCUAGGUUAUAACAGCAAGGUUUCCUCACUAACGAGCCGCUUUAGCGUUCAGCCAUGUCGAAGGAGCUGUCCGUCACCCAGACGGCCCAGUACGUUGGGCCCUACCGGCUGGAGAAGACGCUGGGCAAAGGACAGACAGGUUUGGUCAAACUCGGCGUUCACUGCAUCACUGGACAGAAAGUGGCCAUCAAAAUAGUGAACCGAGAAAAGCUCUCAGAGUCUGUGUUGAUGAAGGUGGAAAGAGAAAUCGCAAUCUUAAAGCUAAUCGAGCAUCCGCAUGUCUUGAAACUGCAUGACGUUUAUGAGAAUAACAAGUACCUAUAUCUGGUGUUGGAGCACGUAUCGGGUGGAGAGCUUUUCGAUUAUCUGGUGAAGAAAGGAAGACUGACGCCCAAAGAGGCCAGAAAGUUCUUCAGACAAAUCAUAUCGGCCCUGGAUUUCUGCCACAAUCACUCCAUCUGUCACAGAGAUCUGAAGCCAGAGAACCUCCUACUGGAUGAAAAGAAUAAUAUCAGAAUCGCUGACUUUGGCAUGGCCUCACUACAGGUGGGGGACAGUCUGCUAGAGACAAGCUGUGGGUCCCCACACUAUGCUUGUCCAGAAGUGAUCCGGGGGGAGAAGUAUGAUGGCCGGCGAGCGGACGUGUGGAGCUGUGGUGUGAUUCUCUUCGCGUUGCUUGUGGGCGCCCUCCCCUUCGACCACGACAAUCUGCGGCAGCUGCUGGAGAAAGUGAAGAGCGGGGUGUUCCACAUGCCCCACUUCAUCCCGCCGGACUGCCAGGCUCUGUUACGCGGCAUGAUCGAGGUUGACCCAGAAAAAAGGCUCACGCUAGAGGAAAUCCAGAAGCAUGCCUGGUAUCAGGCAGGCCGCAACGAACCGUGUCCGGAGCAGCCGCCGCCGAGGCGCGUGUGUGUGAAGAGAAUCCUCUCUCUGACCGAGCUGGACCCGGACGUGCUGGAGAGCAUGCACUCUCUGGGCUGCUUCAGAGACCGAGUCAAACUUACUCGAGACCUGCAAUGUGAAGAGGAUAAUCAGGAGAAGAUGAUAUACUAUCUCUUACUGGACCGCAAGGAACGAUAUCCCAGCUAUGAGGAUGAGGACUUGCCGCCCAGAAACGAUGUAGAUCCUCCUCGUAAGCGUGUCGACUCGCCCAUGCUGACCCGUCACGGUCGCUGCCGGCCAGAGAGGAAGAGUCUGGAGGUGCUGAGCGUGACGGAGCAGGGCUCACCUACACCCCCUCGGAGAGCACUGGACACCUCCGCACACAGCCAGAGAUCACGGUCAGUAAGUGGAGCAUCGACUGGUCUGUCUUCCAGCCCUCUGAGCAGUCCGAGGAGCCCGGUGUUCACUUUCAGCCAAUCAGAAGUCACCGCCACCACCAAACCUGGAACCGGCGGCACCACGCCGCGCCCCGCCCGCUCUCAUGAGUCCAAGACUCAGACACUUCCGUCCAAAGCUCCCUCCGAGCGCCCCCACCUCCAGUCCAUGAAGUCCCUCCCCCUGCACUCCCCUUCCUCUCGCUCACCCUCACCCUCUCCACUCCUCUCGCCCAUCCCGCGCUUCCUCUUCUUCCCCGCCGUCCUCAAGUCGAUGACUAAAAGCUUCUAUCCCGUGUCUCAGGUCACCCCUCAAGGCUCGCCCUUGCCCACCCCUCUGGGCACUCCCGUGCAUCACCCCCACCACCCCCCCGCUACUCCCCCCUCCUCCUCUUCCUCCUCUUCCUCCUCCCGUGCCGAAGGAGGGGGCGUGGGCGUCGGCUCGCUCUCCUUGACUCCGCCCUCCAGUCCGGGUGGGGGCGGCGGCAUGGCAGCCAGCAGCUCCGCCCACUGGAGGACCCGUCUCAACUCGUUCAAGAACAACCUGCUCGGGUCGCCGCGCUUCCACCGCCGCAAGCUGCAGGUGCCCACUUCAGAAGACAUGUCAAGCCUGACACCAGAGUCCAGUCCUGAGCUGGCGAAGCGAUCCUGGUUUGGGAACUUUAUCAGUCUGGAGAAGGAGGAGCAGAUUUUUGUCGUGAUCAGAGACAAACCACUCAGCUCUAUUAAAGCGGACAUUGUCCACGCUUUUCUCUCUAUUCCAUCCCUCAGCCACAGCGUGAUCUCUCAGACAAGUUUUCGGGCUGAGUACAAAUCUUCUGGAGGUCCGUCGGUCUUCCAGAAGCCUGUGAAGUUUCAGGUGGACAUCUCCUUUUCUGAGGGAGAGAGGGAAAGGGAUAGGGAAAGAGAAAGGGAUGGAAAGAGGGAUUAUGGAAUCUACAGUGUCACUUUUACCCUCAUAUCAGGUCCGAGUCGCAGGUUUAAGAGAGUGGUGGAGACGAUUCAGGCCCAGCUACUCAGCACGCAUGACCAGCCCUCAGUACAGGCUCUCGCUGACGAGAAGAACGGUCGUCCACCUGGAACGCCAACCAGGCAAAACUCGCGUCGCUCGGAAGGUGGUGGUGACCGCUGCGAGUGGGUUGACCGAGGAGAGAGCGGGGCGUUGCUCCAGCGAAGGGGCUCGGGCAAAGAGAGGACCCGCCUACUAUCCUCCAACGGCACCCAGUCACAACCCUGAGUGGCAAGAGCCAACCAACAUUCAGCAUCCCAUACACAGCAAUGUGUGACCAUGGAAACAGUCUUACAAACCUCAUUCCUCCCCUUGCUACUUUACAGCAUGCUGGUAAUGUCGCAUUCUUUUGUUUUCUGUGCUGUCAGAAGGGUGCUUCUCCAAAUUUCAGUGCAAACGAAGAUGAAAAUUAGACAAGCCAAACCACCAGAUUAGCUAUAGGGGUUACCAGAAUCGUGAUAUUACAAAUACUGUCGUCAGUCCAGGUGUCUAAUGUGAAAAUGGUGAAGUUAUAUACUAUCUACUUCAGACUAGACGUCAAGUUUAAAUCAUUGCCAAAAUUGAUUUCAUUAACUCAUCGUGAUUGUUCUGAAAUUAGUUCCUAAUGUCCAACUUUGGCUCAGAUGCCUUCUAGAAGCUCUCAGAAUCAUUCAGCUCUGGCCUUUAUGGAGAGAAACCCACCCUACCCUUCUACAGCUUACUUUUUGGGUAGAACGCUGCGAAAAUGCGAGAGAGCGUUUUUUGAAUCAUCAACUUCAACUUGCAGUGUUAUCAGUAUCACGUAUUUCCACUAACAGAUCACUGCAGUCAAAUAUGAUAUUCUUGCACAUACUAGAUACAAGAUACACCCUCUGAAUAACCAAACGGACUCGUAUGCAAUAAAGAACAAUAAGCUAAAGAGGUGCGGUCUUGAAAACCUACAGUUGCUGAAUCUUUCUGAUAAUUUUUCCCAGCGCAAACUUGAUUUCACACUAUGUAUACUCAGCUUUUCUUACCUACCGGUUGCGUAUGAUGGACGCAGUUCACGUAAGCUGGAUUUUCAUGGGUUUCUGCACGCCGAAAUCACAUCGUCCCACCGUCAUCUAUCAGCGACCUGAGUAGCAGUUUUGAUUGUACCUCCUUGCAUGUAUUCUAGACCUUAAAUCUGGCCUCAAAAUGACCCCGUUGGCAGCCCGAAAGCAUGAGACUACAUAUGAUUAGAAAAAAAGAAUAAAUCAUUCUGAGCCCAUCAAAUAAUGCUGGAGCCUUUUCCGAACUGCUAAUGUAAAACGUUGAGCGAAGCGUCCCAGCGGAUUUGAAAAUUCUCCACGACAUGUGAAACGGAUCUUCGACUUCAUCCACUGUUGCUGCAAGACUUUUGGUUGAAGCCAAACAAAGUGAAUGUCAUGAGAUAUUUUUUAAUUUGGGGAUUUUUGAUUUAUCACAGAGUAUUUAUUUAUUCGUGACCGAACCGAGAGCGGCAGCGUCACAGAGAGACGCUAGGGUCUUGGCGAACUUUUGCCCGGACAAAACUGGAUAUGUUACAGACUACAAAUCUGUGGGAGUCCUGUUUAUUUCUCUUCAUGGACUAUAAAAACCAAUGGACGUCCGUUCGUGCUUUCACUCUCGUGUCCUGAAGAAAUAUUUUUGAUUUAAAAAAAAAAAUAUCUAUAAAAAAAUGAACGGAUCAAACGAACCAAUAGCGUUAGACUGAAAACGGACUCCUGGACCAAUCGGACGGACUACUGCACAAUAUUACGGUAAAAUAUGGGAAAAUAAAGACUUCUCAACGGGACACAUACUUUCUCUGGAGUAUAUACUGUACAUCACACGCCCAUGCAGACAAUGGGACAGAGAAAGCGGACAAAACAAAGCAAAUCGUACAAAGACUCAUCCGUCCAUCUACUGUCUGGGCCAAGGACCUCACUCCCACGUCCACGCUUACUCCCAUUGACAUUCACAUAAUGUUUGUCGAUUCAUGUCCAAUUAAAUGAUGAGACGGUGUAAAAGGAAAAAAAAAAUAUGAUAUCGAUCUCUUUGUACAGCACUGCUUUAUCAUUGGGCUUCCUCGCAGCGUAAUUAUGCAACUGAUCCAGAA